GCAGGUCUAGGUCACGUUCAUGGCAUUAGUGAGUGGCAGAGCUGGGCUCUGGGCCCUGGUGUGGGAAGAGAGCUUCCAUGGUGUCCAGACAUAGUGCCCUCAGGUAAACAAAACUGUCUCAUUCAUACUUUAUUCUUGUCCACACAUCCAUGCUGGGAGUUCACUGAUGACUCUCCCCUGAGGCUCAAGCUUUGCCAUGGUCAGUCUCACAGGCUAUCAUUACCUUCCAUGCUGUCCAUGCAGUGUUGUUUUUAGCUGGUGCUUUUGUUACCACCACAGGUUUGAUUCCUGGGCAGGCAUGGCUCUGGCCCGGGCUAGCCGCAUUCAGGACAAGCUGAACUCCAAUGAGCUGAAGAGUGAUGGGCCCAUUUGGAAGCAUGCCACGCCUGUCUUGAACUGCUUCCGUCGGGCCCUGGAGAUUGACAGCUCCAACUUAUCCCUAUGGAUUGAGUAUGGUACCAUGUCCUAUGCCAGCUGAAGCAGUGGAGAGGCGAGCUGCCCCCUGAGCUCGUGCAGCAGAUGGAGGGCCGGCGUGACAGCAUGCUAGAGACAGCCAGGCACUGUUUCACAUCAGCAGCCCACUGUGAGGGUGACGGUGACGAAGAGGAGUGGCUCAUCCACUACAUGCUGGGCAAGGUGGCUGAGAAGCAGCAGCAGCCACCCACCGUUUACCUGCUGCACUACAGGCAGGCUGGCCACUACCUGCACGAGGAGGCUGCCCGCUACCCCAAGAAGAUCCACUACCACAACCCACCCGAGCUGACCAUGGAGGCCCUGGAGGUGUACUUCCGGCUCCAUGCUUCCAUCCUGAAGCUCCUGGGGAAGCCCGAUUCUGGAGUUGGUGCAGAGGUCCUGGUCAACUUUAUGAAGGAGGCUGCAGAAGGACCCUUUGCCAGGGGUGAGGAGAAGAACACACCGAAAGCUUCAGAAAAGGAGAAGGCCUGCCUGGUGGACGAGGACUCCCACUCUUCAGCUGGGACACUGCCGGGCCCCGGAGCCUCCCUCCCCUCCUCCUCUGGCCCAGGUCUGACAUCCCCACCUUACACAGCCACUCCGAUUGACCACGACUACGUCAAAUGUAAAAAACCCCACCAGCAGGCAACGCCGGACGGUACAGUCCCUGUUCUCCCUACUGCCAGCCCAGGGCGGCACAUCAAUCACGGGGAGGGUGCUUGGGCGACUCAUUUUGUCACUUUGUUUUGGUGAGCGGGGU